GCGCAAAGUUUCGGAACCUCCAGCUGCUUUGGACAUUCGCCAACUUCUCCAACAAGUUGAAGACAUUCGAAUUGUCGCGCGUCGACGACCUCACCGACGAGACGCUUAUUCGUCACGCCGGAGCGAGCUGUCAUCUCGAACACUUGGCGUUGGGAUCGGCCACUAAGACAUGAGCCAAGCGUCGGAAUCUCUCCUAGCUCCAGUGUACCAUUCAGAGCGAGUGAAGUGCCUAGAGAUUUUCUACGGAGAAGGAUUCUUAAGCUCAGAAGGAGAAGCUAAAUGCAAGGCGUCUGUGGAGCAUCUCAAGCUAAAGGCUGGAGACUCAAUUUUAGAUGUUGGUACAGGAUCCGGAGGAUUUGCUUUCUAUCUUGCAGAGCACGUUGGUGCUGUUGUUACAGGCGUAGACUAUUGUACAAAUCUAGUAGAUUUGUGCAAUGAACGAUGCAAGAAGAAAGUUCUUUGUGACAAGAUUUCAUUUUUAGCAGAAGACAUGAGAGACAUGCAAUUUGAGUCUAAAAGUUUUGACGCAAUUUCUUUUUUGGGCAGUCUUAUUCAUAUAAAAUGUGAAGAGCAUCUUCCAAUCUUCACAAAAGUUAGAGUAAGUGAGUGCAUUACUUAUGAGUAUAUGGCAUAUGUGAAACAUGUAGUGCAAUAUUGUGGCAGUUGUAGCAGAUGCAGUUUACAGUACCGCUUCAGAUCUCUGUUACAGAGAAUUUUACACUUUUUAAUAAAUUUAUUUAUUGGGUGCUAAUUUUCAUUCAUCACUUACAAUAAUAAUAGAUGUUAUUGAU